AUGCURGCAGAAGGCCUCAACCAUAGGCCAUUSAAAGAACUAGCAGAUGAAGCAAUCAAGUUGAGGUUCAAUUGCGUGCGUCUCACAUAUGCAACCCACAUGUUCACUCGCUAUGCAAAUAGGACGAUUGAAGAGAACUUUGACCUGCUUGAUUUAAAACAAGCAAAAUCUGGAUUGGCUSAAUAUAACCCAUUUGUGUUGAACAAGACCAUUGCUGAAGCCUAUGAAGCAGUUGUUGAGAUGCUUGGGGCAAGUGGUUUAAUGGUGAUCGCUGACAWCCACAUUAGCCAACCGAGAUGGUGUUGCUCUCUUGAUGACGGAAAUGGUUUCUUUGGAAAUCGUAAUUUUGACCCCCAAGAGUGGUUACAAGGUCUUCGCUUAGUUGCCCAACGGUUUGUCAACAAAUCAACGGUUGUAGCMAUGAGCUUACGGAACGAGAUACGAGGAACAAUGGAAAAUGCGAAUGAUUGGAACAAUUAUGUAACUCAAGGAGUAACAACAAUCCACAGUAUAAACCCAGCAGUUUUGGUGAUUGUUUCRGGCCUAAAUUAUGACAACGAUCUUCGUUGCUUAAAGGAGAAGCCCUUGACCAUAAAGACCUUAGACAACAAGUUGGUUUUSGAAGUGCACUUGUAUUCCUUUAGUGGAGAUUCUGARAGUAAAUUUGUACGGCAACCACUGAACAAUAUAUGUGCAAAUAUCAUGAAUGGCUYCAUAGACCAUGCUGGGUUUGUGAUGGAAGGGCCAAACCCAUUUCCUUUAUUCGUUAGCGAAUACGGUUACGAUCAGAGGGAGGUUAACGAUGCAGAAAAUCGAUUCAUGAGUUGCUUCAAAGCUCAUCUGGCACAAAAAGACUURGAUUGGGCAUUGUGGGCUUGGCAAGGUAGCUACUAUUAUAGAGAAGGUCAAGYAGAGCCUGMAGAAACUUUUGGAGUUCUUGACUCUAAUUGGACUCAAAUUAAAAACCGUAACUUUGCAAAGAAGUUUCAACUAUUGCAGGCCAUGUUGCAAGAUCCAAAUUCCAACGCAUCAUCCUCGUAUGUUAUGUAUCAUCCACAAAGUGGUCAAUGUGUCCUAAGCUCUAAUGAUAAUAGAGAAAUGUUUUUGAGCAAUUGCUSUACUUCAAGUCGAUGGAGCCAUGGUGGUGAUGGCACUCCAAUUAAGAUGACGACUACUGGUUUAUGCGUAAAGGCGAAUGGAGAAAGUCUUGGARUAUCUCUCUCAAGUGACUGCUUGGGUCAACUGAGUGCUUGGAGAGCUAUUUCAAACUCUAAGCUUCAUUUGGCCACCUUCACUCCAGACGGGAAAAACCUUUGCUUACAAAUUGAAAGCUCCAAUUCUUCCAAAAUUGUUACCAACUCUUGUAUUUGUGCCAAUGGAGAGCCAAAUUGCCUCCAAGAUACCCAAAGUCAAUGGUUCGAACUUGUUCCAACCAACACAAUUUAA